AUGUAUCGAAUAUUCAUAUUAUUCAACAAUGUAAUAUUGUUAAACUUUCUAAAUGGUUUACUUUUGGAAUUAUGGCGAACGAGUCAACACGUGGCGAUAGUAAAGUUUUUGUCAUAUGUUUUAUGUAUUGGGAUCUAGUUAGUAAUGAGCCAAAAGUUACUUUAUUGGAACUUCAAGAUUUAACUCAAU